AUGGCAAGCGGGGGAUACCCCCCUCCGCUCCUUCCUAAUCCUUCUCCUGGUUCCAGUACCUGGGCACAGAUCGCUUCUUCCACCUUCCAUAAUUCUCCAAAUUCACCUCUACACAACCCUCAAAUUCUGUCCAAAAUCAAGGAGUCUUCUACUGAGUUUGUCAGAAUCGAUGGAGAUACCAUCUCUCGUGCUCGCCUUAGGUUUCAGCAUUCCUUAUAUGGGAAAUUUUUUGGCAAACCUCCUCCAUUUGACCAAGUGAAGAUAAGUCUGAUGGCCAAAUGGGCAAAAAUUGGAGAAAUCUUCAUCUCUGAUCUUCCCAACGGGUUUCUUCUCAUUCGGUGCUCCUCUGAUGAGACUGUGAAGAGUUUGCUUCUUGAUGGACCGUGGACAAUCAAUGGAAUGAUUCUUCAAUUGUCCCCCUGGGAACCUUUCUUCGAGCCUUGUUUUGCAAAGCUUAGUACUGCUACAAUAUGGGUCCAAUUGCACAAUCUUCCCGUUGAGUUUUGGUUGACGUGCUUACUACCUCUCACCCGGUCGAAAUUUGCUCGAGUAUGCAUCGAGAUCGAUCUUUCUAAACCGCUCAGCCGAGGCUUCUGGAUUGGGGAUAAUCAACAGAAGGUUUUUGUGGUGGUUAUGUAUGAGAGGCUUCCUACCUUUUGUUAUAAUUGUGGUAUGAUCGGUCACGGGACGAACUCCUGUUCUCAGGCUGCGACUGCCGGGAACGGUCGGGCACCUCCACCACUCUGUGAGAAUCAGAGGCAGGCGGUAUGCUCGACCUCUUCCCCGCACGUUGUUGGUGGCCUGGAGAAGGAGACUGGUCCCCCCUGUCUCGAUCUCCCACUGAUCAAUAAUUCUUUGAAGGACCCUAACUGUUCUGAAGAUUCAAAUUUCGGACCGUGGAUGAUCGUCUCCCGCCGGCGUGGCCGUGCUCGGGGACGCUGA